AUGUUUAAAUAUGGAAACUUUAUAGUAAUAAUAUUUUUAAUAAUCCUAAGCUUAAUAAUAGAGUUAUAUUUAUCUUUACAUAUACAAAAAAAACACGUCCUAUUUGAUAAUAAAAAUAAUUCUUUUUUACAAUUUAUAAAUUCAGAACAUUAUAAGUAUAAACAUAAUAAUAAGUAUCAAUUAAAUCAGCAUAAAAAAAAUAUUAAAGAUGUGAUUAAGGAGUCAAUAAAUUUGCCCUUACAGUUUUUACCAACAACGUAUAAUAGUUUUGAUAGACAAAAAUUUAUCCAACAGUUUUGGAACUGCAAAGAAAUAUAUGAGAAAAGAAAUUUCCAAAAUAUUAAAAAGUGUAUAUAUAAUAACAAUGAAAAUAAUACAAAACAAUUUCAACAUUUACAACGUAAUAAGAGACAGUCAUGUAAUGAAGAUAGUGUUUUACAAAAAAAAAAAAAAAAAAAGGAAACAUACUAUGAUGGAAUGGAAACGAAAAAUUCUCAUUUAAUAAAUGAAUUAAUUGGAAAAAAAAAAAUAAAAAUAAGUAAAAUAGAUAAUAAUAAUAAUAAUAAUAAUAGUAAUAGUAAAAAUAUUUUUAAAUAUGUAAAAACACAGGAUUAUAUAAAUUAUCAUAAUGGAAACCAAUUUAUGAAUAAAUUCGAAAAUAUAAUAAAUGAGAAAAUAAAAAAUGAGAAAUAUUUAAAAAAGAAUAAAAAAGAAAUUCUCUUGAAAUUAUAUAAUAAAUUAGAGAAUAAAAUCAAAAUAAUACAUGAUGGACCACCAUAUGCAAAUAAUGAUAUACAUAUAGGUCAUAUAUUAAAUAAAGUUAUAAAAGAUAUAUAUCUUAAAUAUUUUUUAUUUCAGAAUUAUUUUGUUUUAUUAAUUCAUGGAUUUGAUACACAUGGAUUACCUAUAGAAUACAAUGUAAUGAAAUUAUUAAAAAUUAAUCAUAUACAAGAUUUAAAUUUAAACAAUUCAUAUCUACAUAAUCAAAAUGAGAGUAUAAAAAAUGAACAUGUAUUUUUUAAAUCAUAUAUUAAUUUAUUAAAUAAAUUAAAAAAUGAACAGAAAAAGAAAAAACAAAUUUCUUUUCUUUCUAAUAUUUUUGAAAAAAUUAAUAUGAUUUCAAAAGAUACUAUAGAACAACAAAAAAUAAAUACCUUCAAAAAUUUAUGUAAAUCUUAUGCUUCUUAUUUUGUUAACGAACAAUUUAUGUCUUUGGUAUCAUAUGGAAUAUGGGGUUAUUGGAAUUAUACUUAUAUUACUUUUUACAAAUUCUAUGAACAAAUUCAAAAUAAGGUUUUUCGAGACCUUUUAAAAAAUAAAUAUAUCUACAUGAGUAACAGACCAAUAUACCACAGCUAUGCUACCAAGACCGUACUAUCAGACAGUGAGAUAAUUUAUAAGAAAAGGGUGUGCAACUCGUUUUAUUUUUUUUAUACUUUUUAUAAAAUAAGUGAUACAUUCCUUUUACACCUAUUAAAGGAAUUUAAAGAAAAUAAAUCGGUAAAUGAAAUUUUAGAAUUUAAUCAGGAGGAGGUAAAAUAUGUUUUGGAGAAUUACUCACUUAUUGUAAAUGAAAUAAUAAAAAAUAAUAAAGAAAAUAUUGAAGAAAAAAAAAAAACGAAUGAUAGUGCUUUGUUUAAUGAUAAAAUGUCUGAUGAUGAUAGUUAUUUAGAAAGACAAAAUAUAUCAAACUAUAUAUUAAAACUAAAAAAUCAAAUAAUAGAGAGAAUUAUAAAGAAAAUAAAAAUUCUUGUUCUUACUACUCAAAUGCAUACCAUAUUUAAUAAUAAGUGCUUACUAAUACAUGAAAAAUAUUUAUAUAGAAUUGUUCAUAUAAAAUAUGAAGAUGAAAAGGAAAAUCAAUUUUUUAUUAUAUGUGACAAAUCAUAUACUAGUUUUUAUGAUAACUUAACAAAAUAUUAUUCCAAAAAAUCCCCAAUAAAAGAAAUAAAAAAUAUUUGUACUUUCCAAGGUAAUUCUUUUAUGUCCUGUACAUAUAAAAAUUUUACAAACAAUGAAGAAAAUAAUUUUAUCUUUGUUUCUGAUAACGAAAUUAAAGAAUCAUUUGGAACAGGUAUUGUUCAUGUAGCUCCUUCUCAUGGUUUUACUGAUUAUAAUUAUUACUAUAAAAAUAAUAAAUUAAAAAAAAUAUAUCUAGAUAUAUCAAAUUUUGAACAAGUAGGAAAAAAGAAACAAAUAAGAGAUGACAAUAAAAUAAACUUUUAUAGUAAUGAUAUGAAAGAGAAUAUAUCUAAAAAGUUAUAUAAUGAAAAUUAUUCUAUUAAAAAUAAUUCUUUAUCAUUAGAUGUUAUUAAUCAAAAUGUUAUGGAUGAAAAUGAUGACUUAAAAGAUGAAUAUACAGAAUUGGUAUAUAAAAAUCUGGAAAAAAAUAUUGAUUUCAUAAAAAAAUAUGAAACUGAUUCAAAUGCACAAUCAUUAUUAAAUAGUUUAGAUAUUAUUAAAAAAAAAACAAAGAAAUUAAAUAUUAAUCAAAAAGAUAUUCAUUCUUUAUUUUUUUAUUCCUUUUAUGAAAAUAUACUCUUUUAUUUCCCAUAUGAGCAUUCAUAUACAUACGAUUGGAGAUCACAUACAACUGUUCAAAUAAAAUCAUUAUUACAAAUAUAUGUAGAUAUUGAUAAAAUAAAAAACAAUAUUCCUUUUUUUGAAAGUAUCAAAAAUAUCAAUUUUAUAAAUAAACAUGUAAAAAAUAAUUUAAUUAAAACCAUAAAAGAUAGAAAUGAAUGGUGUAUUAGUCGUCAGAAAUAUUGGGGAGUUAACAUUCCUCUCAAAGAUAUACAAAUUGAUAAAAAUGAAAAAAUUAUUUUUAACAAUCAAAUAAUGGAUGUAUGGUUCGAUUCUUCUGUUUCAUAUUUAUACGUUUUGUAUAUGUGUAAACAUAUUUUGUUCCAUACAUAUUUUAAUAAAAUAUGGAAAUCUGUCAAAAAUUAUAAUAAUACAUAUAAAAAAUGUAAACUUAAAAUAAAUAAUCAUAAUAAUAACAAUGAAAAUAAAUUAUCCUUUAAUAUGUAUGAUAUAUAUGAUCAAAUCAUGAAUCAUGACCAAUAUAAUAUAAGAUCUAUGGAAAAUAAAGACAAUAUUUUAUUAAAAAAUAUACUAGAAAAGAAAAAAAUAUUUGACACUUCUAAAAUGUAUAAAUGGAUAAAUAAACAAAUACAAAAAGGAGAACAAAAAAAAUAUUAUUCAUUCCAAUGGAAUAGUAUAAAAGAUAUACUUUUCUCUAAAAAUAAUAAAAAAGAAUUUUUUAAAAAACACUUUAAUAUAUUUUUAUGUUGUGAGGGUAUUGAUCAAAUUAGGGGGUGGUUUCAGUCCUUUUUUUUUGUUUUUUUUUGUUUAAAUUGGAUAAACCAAAGGAAAAAAAAUAUGUCACAAUUAUUGAAAAGUUAUAAAAUAGUUGAUAAAAAGGGGGUCAUUAUAAAAAGAGAACAAAUAAAAAAUAAUAUGAAAUGUUAUGCCAUAAAUAAUAAUAAUAGUAAUAGUAGUAGUAAUAGUAGUAGUAGUUGUAGUAGUAGUAUAUUUAGUGACCAUUCUUCAAGUUUCAAUAAUACAUCUUCUAUUGAAACGAAUAAGAAACGUCUUCCUUCCCAGUCAUACCUUCCAAUAAAAAAUGUCAUCGUUCAUAAUUAUGUAGUAGAUAGUAAUAAUAUUAAAAUGAGUAAAAGCUUAAAUAAUGUUAUAUCACCAAGAGAGCUGUUUUUUGAAAAAGGUAAGGAUGAUGUUCUCACGACGUCUAAGAGAAUAGAUAAUCCAAAUGGAAACAAUAACAUGAACAGUAACAAGAAUAAUAAUGAUAACAAUGAUAUAUUGAUGAAAACAGGGAAACAGAUUAAUAUGAUAAAAAAAAAGAAUAAAAACAAAGACCUAAAUAAACGUUUCAAUGCUGAUAUUGUAAGAUUAUGGGUGUGCUGCUACAAUUUUGUAAAUAGAAAUAUAUCCAUAAGUUAUGAAAUAUUAGAAAACAUAAAUAAAUAUAUUUAUUUAAAAUUAUAUAAUACAUUUAAAUUUAUAAUGAAUAAUAUAUAUGAUUUAAAUUUUGAUGGAGGAAAAGAUAGUAUGAAAAUAAAAUGGGAUAAUAUUCAAAUGAUAGAUAAAUUUAUAUUAUAUAAAAAAGAUAAUUUAAUAAAACAUUGUACUAAAGCAUAUAAAAAUUUUCAAUUACAAUUAUUAAUAAAAUAUAUUAUGAAUUUUAUAUAUACCGAUUUAGCUAUAUAUAUAGAUUAUAGUAAAGAUAGAUUAUAUAUACAUGAAAAAAAUUCUAUAAAUAGAACAAAUUGUCAAAAAAUACUUUAUAAAAUAUUACGUGAUCUUAUUAUUUUAUUAGGACCUAUUGUACCUCAUUUAUCUGAAGAUAUAUAUUAUAAUCUUCAACUUUUAAAAAAUAAAAGAAAACUAAAAAAUAUGACAAAUGAAAAUAUAUCUAUCGAUGAGGAGAAAAUAAAAUCUCUCUUUUUACGUCCAUUUCCCAAAUUUAAGAAUUAUAAACCAGUUAAUUUAGAUACAUUAUUUCUAAUAAAAUAUUAUAUUCAUAAACAAAUAUCACCAUAUUUUUCAAAUUCAUUACAAGCAGUAGUAUACAUUUUUUCAAAUAACGAUAAUAUUAUUAAUUUAAUUAAAUCAUUUUUGCGUACACCUGACCCGCUUGAACAAUUUAAUAAUUAUGAUGACCUACGUUUUCUUUUUAAUGUAUCCAAUAUUUUUAUAUGUGAUAAUAUAUCUCAAGUAGAGCAAAAAGAUAAAAAUUACAAAACUUAUAAAAUACCUUUACCUAAUAUAAAUGAAAAAAACAAAAACAAAAACAAGAAGAAAAAUUUAAAUGACUUCUUUCAGCCUAAUCAAAAACCAAGUGUUGAUCACAUGUUAAAUUUUGAUGAAAAUAUGGAGCAUGCUACCAUAAGUAUAGGAAUAAAUAAAACGGAAUCAAAGCGUUGUUCAAGGUGUUGGAUGUAUGGAACAGUAUAUUCCUUUGAAGGUGAAUAUUUUUGUCCAAGAUGUUUAAACGUUAUAAAAUCACAUUAUAAUUAA